AUGGAGUUCCCGGAGCACGGCGGGCGGCUGCUGGGCCGCCUGAGGCAGCAGCGUGAUCUGGGCUUCCUGUGCGACUGCACCGUGCUGGUGGGCGACGCGCGCUUCGCGGCCCACCGCGCCGUGCUGGCCGCGUGCAGCGUCUACUUCCAUCUUUUCUACAGGGACCGGCCCGCGGGCAGCCGCGACACGGUGCGGCUCAACGGCGACAUCGUCACGGCGCCCGCCUUCGGCCGUCUGCUGGACUUCAUGUACGAGGGCCGCCUGGACCUGCGCAGCCUGCCCAUCGAGGACAUCCUGGCCGCGGCCAGCUACCUGCACAUGUACGACAUCGUCAAGGUCUGCAAGAACAGGCUCCGGGAGAAGGAGCGCGCGCUGCCCCUGGAGACGCCUGCGCCUGGGGCGGAGCUGCCUGGCCAGCCCCCAGGCCCCUUGUCUGCCUGGUCCCCUGCACUCUGUCCAGCCGCCCAGAAGGCCAGUCUCCCUCCCGCUGGGGUCAAGGCCGCGCGCCCUCCACUGGCACGGGGGCCUCCCCACUGGCAGGCUCCUGGAGAGUCAGACCGGGCCCUGGACCUGUCACUGAAGCCCGGCCCGAGGCGGGAGCCAAUCCACCCACCCUGCGUCCUCCAGACACCCCCUUGCAGCCGGAUGCAGCCAGGGUCCCAGCCGACCGUGAAGGACGAGUCAGACUCCCUGUCCGAGCGAGGGGACAGCAGAAGCCCUCGGUGCCCCCACAGCCCCCUGCAGCCACCCUGUGUUCCUGCAGCCCAGCGCCUGGCCGGGGGCUUGGAGCCGCUGCCGGUCAGUGAAGUGGGCAGUGGGGAACUGGAGCUGGAGGCAGAGCGGGGGGCGAUCGAGGAUGUGCUGCGGCCGGGUGGGCGCCUCUGCCUCUGCCCGCUGUGCGGCAAGCUGUUCCCCAGCGCCCAUGUGCUGCAGCUGCACCUCAGCGCCCACUUCCGCGAGCGGGACGUCGGCCGCGCCCGGCUCUCGCCCGACGGUGCAGCGCCCACCUGCCCGCUCUGCAGGAAGACCUUCUCCUGCACUUACACGCUGAAGAGGCAUGAGCGCACGCACUCGGGCGAGAAGCCCUACACGUGCGUGCAGUGCGGCAAGAGCUUCCAGUACUCGCACAACCUGAGCCGCCACGCCGUGGUGCACACGCGCGAGAAACCCCACGCCUGCCGCUGGUGCGAGCGUCGCUUCACGCAGUCGGGGGACCUCUACCGCCACGUCCGCAAGUUCCACUGUGGCCUGGUCAGGUCCCUGCUGGCGUGA